AUGAAAACCUUACGCGCGGCGGAGGUGAGCGAGCUGCACCGUCUGCUUUGGCCGACGACAGACGAUGGUACGUGUGAUGACUUGCAGCGGUGGUAUCAGCAGGGCUUUAAGUUUCAGGCGUUACAGGGCUUUUCGAUCGGGCUUGUGCAGGACCACGGCGGGCCAUGCGGCAUACUGGCGGCUGUGCAGGCCGAAAUGCUGCGGCUCUUCCUGUUUGUGCGUCGCCUGGAGACGCUGAGUGACAACGGCAUUGAGCUGCAAAAUUUGAUAGGGCGACCGCAGGACGACGCAACGAGGCGACAAUUGCUGGCGGAGGCCAUGGCCUCGCUGCUGGCGCAAUGUGCCGACAAUGGGAGAGCGGUGUGCGUGGUGGUGCACGACUCGGAGGCGACGUACAGGGAAAUUACGGUGUCGCUCCUUGGUGUAGCCGAUCCUAAUCCGUACCAGGAGCUGGUGGAGCUAUUGCUGUGCGAAAUGCCGUCGUUCUGCAGUCCGCACGGCGUCAUUAACUUUACGUUUAGUGUGCUUCGGACCAAGGGCGUUGCCGCUAUACGCGAGGAAAUGGACGACCCAACGAACACUCUGACGGGGGCAUUUGGACACUGCACACAGGAGUUACUAAACUUGUUGCUCACGGGCAAGGCGGUGUCUAACGUGUUUGAUGGGAACGUUCCAAUGGGUGACUCGGGGUUGUUCUUGCAUGGCGUAUCGCAGCGGGCACGCAUAGGCUACCUGACGCAGCUAGAGGCAUUGCGUUACUGCCAAGUUGGAAGCUACUACAAGUCGCCUCAGUUUCCUGUGUGGGUGAUUGGCAGCUCCUCACACUUUAGCGUCGGCUUUGCCCUAGAAGCUUGGGUUAGCGAAGACUCGACCUCCAGACAGCUUUUUCAGCGGGUUCAGCGAGUAUUCAAGCAAUUUGAUCCCAUGGAGACUGGCUUUAUGGAGAUAUCGUCGCUGGCCGAAUCACUGAUGCAGCUGGGAGUGGAGUCUAGCAUUUUUUUGAAUGAGCGCUGGAUGACACGACUAGUGACCAGACUCGAAUUAUCGAGUGGCGCCGGUAUUAUACUCUGGGACGAGUACUGGAAGGUCAUUUCGGUGCUGCUACACACCAAUGACUUUGAAUUGGCGUUAUCUGGAAAAUUCGAUACGAACGUUACAGAGUCGGAACGUCGUCCUCUUCAGCGCUCUGAUUCUGAUCUUGCGCGGGAAUUACAAGCACAGUUUGACGCCGAAGAUCGAGGUGGCUCGGCUGAUUCUAUUCCAGCCAAUCUGCCAGUUUCGGCGUCUGACUUACUUGCAGUUCCACUUCCAGUAGUUUCAUUUGAUUGGUUUUACUACAACGGGCUGGGAAGCAGCGACAGUCAUAACAAAGGACGGCGCCGUCAACUUACAAAGUGUCGUGUGACGCUCGAUACAUUAACGGAGUUCAUUGGUAAGUCGGUGCCUAUGGAAAAUGUCUGUACAAGUGGUGGCCACGCCUCCAAUUCACUCGAAGAAAUUAUGAAGACAAAGUGGCUCAACGCUCGAAUCGAUUGGCUGAUCUCACCAGCUCCAAGUAUUGACUAA